UUAGCCGCUCGAUGUUCAAAAGAGAUGCUUAUGCCUUGUGACUGGAUCGGAUUUCCAUCAAAGAGCUGGAACUCUGCUCUUGGUCACCAGUGUACUACCGAUCGAUGGACUGCUGAAUAACGAAAUGGGUAGCCUGCUGGUGGUGCAGGAUCAGCCUGAACUCUACUUUUUUGGGACAUUGUCGCUGUUUGUGAUAAUUGUGAUGGGUCGACGUUCGGCAUGAAAUCUGAUCGAGGGACAUACUGGACAAACGUGGGACAAUCUCGUAAUUUUUUCACCGUGUCGAUAACGUUAGCCGUUCGUUCCGAUUGUGGUGUUCGUCCUUUGCUUCCGCACGGUGACACAGUCACAGACAGUCUUCGCUCUCUCUCUUCGGCUCCCGAGCUCACUUCCUCCUCCAACUCAUUGUUCUUGCUUUUUACUUCUCUUCUGAAUCGACUGGGAGAUGGAAAUCCAAAUCUUGAGAGGAAAUCCCAGUUCCCUCUUCACCAUCUCCCCCAGAGGCAAAGAAAUUCUCCAUAAGAAAUCAUGCUCUGUUGUGGUCAGAAAUCGUUUCUCUGAGCUUCAAGCUCGUAUUAGACCCCCGAGCGGAUCGAGUAGGCGUGCAGUUUUAAGGAAGGCCACUUCGGUUGAAGUUGGUUCAACAAAUUUGUCAACUGGGGUUGUAGAAAAGGAUGUGCUCACUGCACUGUCACAAAUUAUUGAUCCAGACUUUGGUACAGACAUUGUUUCAUGCGGAUUUGUGAAGGACUUAGUUAUUGAGGAAAGCUCUGGAGAGGUUUCAUUUCGUUUGGAGCUCACAACACCUGCAUGUCCAAUCAAAGACAUGUUUGAGCAGAGAGCAAAUGAGGUGGUGGCGGCCCUUCCUUGGGUUAAAAAGGUUAAUGUUCAGAUGUCUGCUCAACCUGCAAAGCACAUGUAUGCUGCAGAACUCCCUAAAGGGUUGCAGAAUAUUUCCAACAUAAUAGCUGUCUCCAGUUGCAAGGGUGGUGUAGGAAAGUCUACUGUGGCUGUAAACCUUGCAUAUACAUUAGCUGGAAUGGGAGCAAAAGUAGGCAUAUUUGAUGCUGAUGUGUACGGUCCAAGUUUACCUACUAUGGUCUCUCCUGAAGAUCGGUUGUUGGAAAUGAAUCCAGAAACAAGAACGAUACUUCCAACUGAGUACCUGGGUGUAAAGUUGGUAUCUUUUGGGUUUGCUGGACAAGGCCGUGCAAUCAUGCGUGGUCCAAUGGUUUCUGGGGUCAUCGAUCAGUUGCUGACAACUGCUGAAUGGGGGGAUCUAGAUUAUCUCGUUAUUGACAUGCCUCCUGGAACUGGUGAUAUACAUCUUACGUUAUGCCAGGUUGUUCCCUUAACUGCAGCUGUGAUUGUUACAACUCCCCAAAAGCUGUCCUUUAUUGAUGUUGCCAAAGGAGUUCGUAUGUUUUCAAAGCUGAAGGUGCCAUGUGUUGCUGUUGUUGAGAACAUGUGUUAUUUUGAUGCUGAUGGGAAACGUUAUCACCCAUUUGGUAAAGGUUCCGGAUCUCAGGUGGUUCAACAGUUUGGAAUUCCACAUCUCUUUGAGCUUCCCAUCAGACCAACACUUUCAGCAUCUGGUGAUAGUGGAAUGCCUGAAGUAGUAGGAGAUCCUCUGGGUGAAGUUGCUAGAACAUUUCAAGAACUUGGUGUUUGCGUUGUACAACAAUGUGCCAAGAUUCGUCAAAGUGUGUCUACGGCUGUGACUUAUGACCAAUCUAUAAAAGUAAUCCGAGUAAAGGUGCCAGAUUCAGAUGAAGAGAUUUUUCUCCAUCCGGCUACAGUGAGAAGAAAUGAUCGAUCCGCUCAAAGUGUUGAUGAAUGGACUGGGGAGCAAAAGCUGCAGUACAAUGAUAUCCCUGAUGAUAUUGAGCCAGUAGAAAUACGACCAAUGGGAAAUUAUGCUGUUUCCAUAACAUGGCCAGAUGGGUUUAGCCAGAUUGCACCUUAUGAUCAGUUGGAGGGCAUGGAGAGGCUUGUUGAUGUUCCUCAAACUCUUAAAGUAUAGCAAACUGAGGGCUUUCAGAAUAUUAAUAUCAAGAAAUGAAGGACGAAAUGUGAAGUUUGUGCUCAUCUUCAAGUGAUUGCCUGAAAGAUGCUUAAGCCAUUUUUUGUUAGUUUCUCAAUGGGCUUAAGAUUAUUCUUUUGAUGUAUCUUUAUAUUGAUGUGAUCUUGUAUGUCUAUAGACUGAUCACUGUUGCAAUUUGUUGUAAAGAAAUGGUCUGUGGCACGUUUAAUUCAAAAAAUUUAUUUAUAAAAUAGGUCACUCAGACCGUGAUCCAA